UUAGUAUGUAAAACAUGUGGUAGUCCAAAGCCUUCACUCUCUGUCUCUCUCUCUCUCACAUGGCGUCGUCUCUGCCAAUUUCUUUCCAGCUUCCCGUUCGGCGGCAAGGAAUCCGUAUACUACCCCGCAAACACUCGUCUCCCUCUUUCUCUGUCUCUACCUCUAUCGUUUGCCUCUCCGCUCAAAAUCUCUCUGGAGAUGAUCGGGAGGAGGUCCGGUGGCUCCGGGAGGAGCAACGGUGGCUUCGGGAAGAGCAACGGUGGAUGCGGGAGGAGCAGCGAUGGCUCCGGGAGCGUGAAUCUCUCCUCCGCGAGAUUUCGGAUCUCAAACUCCGGAUCCAAACCCUAGAGUCUCGGAGCUCGCCGCAGGGGGCUUCGGUUUCGGAGGCGAUCUCGAGCAUCGGGGCUCUGCUUCAGGUUCUGAGUGAGAAGAAUCGGAUUGCGGAGAGUGGGUCGAGCGCGAAGCCGAUGGUUUUGGAGGAGAAGACGAGAGAGCGUGAGGAGGUGGAGGAGGUAGAGAAGCGGGUGAUUGCAGCUGAGGAGAUCAGGGUUUCGGAGGGAGUGAAGGAGAUAAGGACUUUGAGGGCGGGAAGUGAAGGGGAAGAGGUUCGAGAGAUGCAGGAAGCUUUACUCAAAUUAGGGUUCUAUUCGGGUGAGGAGGACAUGGAAUAUUCCAGUUUCUCAAGUGGAACAGAGAGAGCUGUCAAGACUUGGCAGGCAUCACUCGGAGUCCGUGAAGAUGGGAUAAUGACCGUAGAGUUGCUUCAGAAGUUGUUUAUGGAUGAAUUGAUCGAUAAAGCAGAGGAAACUACGACGCAGCCAGAGAUAAAGGGAGCUGGUAAUGGAACAGCAGUAACGUCAGUGACACAAGUCUCGGAGAUGAAGCAGACGGUUACAAAAGACGAAGGUGUGGAAGAAGUGGAGGUGUCUCAGCAUCGGGUUUUCCUUCUUGGAGAAAACCGGUGGGAAGAGCCCUCCAGACUCAUCGGAAAGAGCAAACGGGACAAUGAGAGGAAACCCGCCGAUUCCAAACCGAAAUGCCUUACUUGCAGAGGGGAGGGUCGGUUAAUGUGUACAGAGUGUGAUGGAACUGGUGAGCCUAAUGUGGAGCCUCAGUUUCUGGAGUGGGUCGACGAGGGAGCGAAAUGUCCGUACUGCGAAGGUCGUGGAUAUACAAUUUGCGACGUAUGUGGAGGUCGAGCAUCUGUAUAGUAUACGGUACGUAUACACGUUACUGUAUUAAGAGCUAAGUACAAUUCCAAAAAAUUACAGUCUCAGUUCUUGGAGAACGAAACUUAGCUUUCACUUUA